GCCAGUACACCCUACACCAAACAGUUUAUUCUCUUCCCCAAUGAAUAACAAGCAUACCACAUCAAAGUGGAUAGCAGGAUCAAUCAAGCUUGUCAAUGGUAAUUUCUAGUAUGCAAACUAAUGGAUUGCGAUAUAUAUCUCCUAAUGGAUUGUAUAAUUUAAGAAAUAAAUAAGAGAGAGGCGAUAGAAGUAAAGGCUGACAAAACAGGGCAGCUGCUCCAAUUACUAAUGCCCAAGUAAAAGCCAUGCAUAUCAUCCAUUGAAAGAGUUUAGUGAGUUUCAAGAGGCCCACCAAUUAAGGAAAAGCCUCUCAUCCUAAAUUUCUAUAUAUACAUGAUAAGGUGUUUGGACCAUUACUCAUUGAUCAUACUACUCCAAUGGAUUUCUUGCUUUUGAGUGUCAUGUCUGGCCUUUUGGCUGGGAUUUCUAUUCUUCACUGGUGUUGUAGGGAGACUCGUCCUCAUAUCAAGAGUCUGAUGAAUAAGCAUGUUGUGAUAACUGGGGCAUCCAGUGGAAUCGGGCUUGCAAUGGCCAAAGAGGUGCUUCUGCAGGGAGGUUUUGUGAGUAUGAUUUCAAGAAACCCUUCUAAUCUUCAGAGAGCAGUCAAGAGCCUUGUUGAGGAUAUAUCAUGCCAUCCAGACAGGAUAUUCACUAAGGCUGCAGAUGUUAGUAAUUUCAGAGCAAUCACCCAAGCAAUCCAAGAGGCCUUUCAAUGGAAACCCAUUGAUGUCCUUAUUACUAAUGCUGGAUUAACUCGUAGUGGAAACUUGGAGACUCAAACUGUUGAAGAUAUCGAUCUAACAAUUGGGACCAAUUUAAAUGGAACAAUCUACCCAAUACAUGCAUCUCUUCCAUUGCUGAAGAAACAUAGCAAGGAACACCCUGUAUCCAUUGUCCUCGUUGGAUCUCUAGCCUCUAUGUUUGUAUUUUAUGCGGAAGGUGUGUACACAGCCACCAAAUAUGCUGUCAAAGGAUUGGCAGAGUCGUUGAAAAUUGAAUUGAUGCCAUACAACAUUGCUGUGAGCCUAGCUUGCCCUGGAUUCGUGGAAACUCCUUUUCUGGACGAAGUGGAAAAAGACGAAAAAGACCUUAAGCUACUGAAGAUUCUGAACAUGUAUGAUCGGAAGAGAGCAGAAGAUCCAAAUGAUGUGGCGAAAAGGGUUUUGGAAGGUGCCAAGAAAGGGUCAUUUCUGAUUGUAAAGACCAAUUAUCCAGGGCUGUAUGUCUCUACCCUAGCAAGAGGAUUUGUGCCAGCUGAGAGUUUGGGGAGACUUUUGUUGGAGAUGGUUUUAUAUUUUCCGUUCCGAGCCCUAAGCGUGCUAGCGCAGCCUGGGUACAGAAGAGCAUUACUCAAGCACUUUCGGAGAAACAAUGGCCGCCAAUGAAGUAGAAACAUUAAAGUGAUGUCGUUGUCAUCUAUCAUGACUCGGUAUCCUUAGAUGCUUACAACAAAGUUGAGUCAUUAGAUCAAGUGUCCUUCAAUAUUAAUUAAGAUGAUUGAAUUAAUCAGUAAUGUAUGGACAAACAUUACAGUGAUGGUAGUUGUCAUCCAUUAUGAUUUAUUGAAAUCCGUACUUAAUUGUGACGGAUAUGAAUUUAGCAUUUUCUAGAUGCUUACAACAUAAUUGUAUAACUAGGUCAAGUGUCCUUCAAAAUAAUGGUGAAACAUUAAAGUGAUGGUGGUUGUCAUCCAUCAUGACUUAUUGAAAUCCGUACUUAAUUGUGAAAGAUUUGAACUUA